UGGCCGGCCGGUUGACAAUGCACUGCGCUCUUAAAUGCGGAACGCUUUGCCGGUGUUGAUGGCAGUAAUAUUGCAUCCAAAGAACAGUUUAAAACUAUGCAAGAAGAGCUAGCAUAUAGUCUUCAUACACGUAGCUUCGGAGCCUGGCUGAAGAGAUUUCAAACGUACCAGAGAUGAUGUAUACAUCUUAUACAGCGGUGAAUCCCGUUUUUAGGUUAUUCUACUCGGAUAUCAUCACGUGAAGCGCAGAUUGGCCAAUUGAAACGAUGAGAGUCAAUAUGCGGCAUUCCGAUUGGCUGUGGGAAAUCAUUCUGAUUGGAUUACCAGUGACAUGCAUAAUUAUGGUAGCUGUGAUUAUAUUCGUCUCCAGUUUUGAUUCUUCGUAUAUUGAAGACUCGUACAUUAGGCAUGCGCGCAAGCAUCGCGUGACACAUGAGCCAUAUGUGGAUAUGGUGGAACGGGCAGAGACGCUGUCUGAUGUGAACGGAAAGCUAGAGGCUCUUCGAAAAGAAAAAAUCCAUCAAGCUUUGGAAAAUGACCAAAAAAGAAAAAAGACUCGAGUUACAAAAAACAUUCCAGUCGUCGACAACAAAGGUGCCAAUGAGAUGAGGUCGGGUGUGUACGAGGAGACUCAGCCAAUCAGGGAAAGCGUUAGGAACGACCUCGGACUCGUAAUGGAGCGACCAAUAGAUCCCGACGCUCCAGGAGAGGGUGGCCUAGGCGUGCAAGUGGAUAAAAAUACCCUCAGUCCAGAAGAGCUCUCCCAAUACGAAGCUGGAUGGAAGAAAAAUAACUUUAACCAGUAUCUGAGUGAUAAGAUAUCUUUACAGAGGCGUCUGAAUGACGUGCGGCUAUUAACAUGUAAUGAUCUCAGUUACCCACGAGAGUUACCGGACACUAGUGUCAUCAUCUGUUUUCACAACGAGGCCAUGUCGACAUUGUUACGCACCGUGUACAGCAUCAUAAACCGCUCCCCUCCCGAUCUGCUGAAGGAGAUCAUACUGGUGGACGACUUCUCCACGGAAGAUCACCUUAAGGAGCCACUGGAGAAUUAUUUGUCGGGUAUACCCAAGGUCACAUUAGUUAGGUCUAGUCAGAGGGAGGGGCUUAUACGGGCGCGGUUGCUAGGAUACCAAGUUGCCACGGGCAAGGUGCUCAUCUUUAUGGACUCGCACUGUGAAUGUCAACCAGGUUGGCUCGAACCUCUCCUCACUCCGAUCUCUGAAAACAGUACCUUGAUUACUUGUCCAAUCAUCGACUCGAUCUACGACAACACAUUUGAAUAUGUGGGUACCAAUGGCAACGAGAGAACCUCCCUCCAAGUCGGCGGUUUUGAUUGGCAGCUCCUCUUUCGUUGGACUCCGAUGUCACCCAAUGAACGAUAUCGCAGGAAAAAGCUGACUGACCCUGCUAGAAUGUAUCAAAGGAAAAGACCGAUUAAAAUGAAGAGUCCGGCCAUGCCCGGGGGUAUAUUCGCCAUCAAUCGUGAAUUUUUCACUCACAUAGGGACAUAUGACGCGGGUAUGGAGAUCUGGGGAGGGGAGAACAUUGAGACGUCCUUAAGGGUGUGGAUGUGUGGAGGAGGAAUUUUAACCAUCCCUUGCUCGCACGUGGGCCAUAUUUUCCGACGGUCUACUCCUUACACGUGGAAGGAGGGUGUUGACGUCAUCAAAAAGAACUCCGUGCGUCUGGCGGAAGUUUGGCUGGAUGACUACAAGAAGUAUUACUACGAUAGAAUACACUAUGAUUUGGGGGAUUAUGGGGAUGUGUCAGAUCGCCAGCGUCUCCGUCAGCGGCUCCAGUGUCGAUCUUUCCAGUGGUACUUGGAUAACGUCUAUCCCCAUCUGUAUGUGCCCGUAGACGUCAAGGCUUCUGGUAAUAUAAAGUCUGUGUCUUCAGAACUCUGCUUACAAGGCCCCACCCCUCAUACUGACACCUCUCGGUACAGCCUUACCCUCAGCCCCUGCACUAACAUCGAGAUACAGUACUGGGUGUACAGCGACGGCGAAGAGAUCAGGCGAGACGAGCAGUGUCUCCAUUACGUCCAGGAUAACCCACCAAGUGGGAGCCGAUGUCACGGUGGGAAGGGCAACCAGCAUUGGAGAUACCGAGAGGAUAAUACGAUUUUUCACCCGGAGACAGAUUCGUGUUUGGAAAUACUAGCCGACAAGUCCACAGUGCAUAUGGCCAAGUGCUCAGCGAAACCCGAACAGCUUUGGGAAUGGACGAGAAAAGCACCUGGCCAGAAAGUGAUGUCGGAUUAUGACUACGCCAGGAGUUGGUGAACUGCGCCUAUAACUGGCGAAAUCUUGUGUUGUGAAUUUUUUUAGUCAAUAAACAGCGUGUAGAUCUGAGAUGA